CCUUCACCCUCAGCGUGUUCAGCUGCUGGUGGCUGUAAAGCCGUGCAAGAGUUACCUGGGUGCAUGGGGUGCACCUGGUGCUCGCUGUGCCAACAAGGCAGGUUUCCUGUUUGCAACCCUGGUGCUCACGGCUGCGGACAGAACAGCCACGGCCCCCGAGCUGCUCCUCGAGGAUGUGACCCUACAAGGCCUCUCCCAGCCCCUUUGCAGCUGUCCGGGCGCUGCCGGGCGGGGACAGCGUGGGGGGAUUUCUCACGAGACCUUGGAAGCAGACGAGCAGCUCUUGGCGUUUCCUGCUGUUUUUCCCUGAGCCGCUGCCCAGCGGAUCCCAGGAAUCACAGCAGCUUCGAGGAAACCAAAGCGCAGCAGUGGCACGGAGCAGAGUGUGGCACUGUCCCACGAAGGGUCUUCAUCCCCAUCGCCGGAACUGAGAGCAGAGCCAUGGCUGAGGAUGGCGGGGCUGCCUCCGACAGCCCUCAGGCGGUCGCCCUGCGUGCACGCAGUGUGGAGGAGCUGUAUGAGCUGCUGGAGACGCUGGGCAGUGGACACUUCGGAGUGGUGAGGCGGUGCCGGGAGCGCAGCACCGGCACUUUCUAUGCUGCCAAAUUUGUGAAGACGCGGCGGUGCCGGGGCAGCCGGCGGGGCCUGGAGAGGGUGCAGGUGGAACAGGAGGUGGCCAUCCUGCGGGACCUGCAGCACCCCAACAUCAUGCAGCUGCACGACCUCUUCACAUGCAGAGCUGAGAUGGUGCUGGUGCUGGAGCUGAUGCGUGGUGGGGAACUCUUUGACUUUAUUGCGGAGAAGGAGAUGCUGUUGGAGGAGGAGGCCAUCGAGUUCCUGGAGCAGAUCCUGCUUGGGGUGCAGUACCUUCAUGGGCGCCACAUCGCCCACUUUGACCUCAAGCCUGAGAACAUCAUGCUGCAGGAGAAGGAUGUGCCCAAGCCCCAAAUCAAGAUCAUCGACUUUGGCCUGGCCCAGAAGCUGGAGGAUGGUGUCACCUUCAAGAGCCUCUGUGGGACCCCCCAGUACAUCGCUCCCGAAGUGAUCAACUACGAACCACUGAGCUCCGCCACCGACAUGUGGAGCAUCGGGGUUAUCACCUACAUCCUGCUCAGCGGCUUGUCCCCCUUCCAGGGUGAGACAGAUGCUGAGACCCUCUCCAACGUCCUGGAGGGCGCCUAUGAGUUCGAGGAGCGCUACUUCAGUGACACCUCUGAGAUGGCCAAGGACUUCAUCCGACAGCUGUUGGUGAAGGAGCCUCAGGAGCGAAUGACUGCAUCUGAGUGCCUUGUGCACCCCUGGAUUAAGCCCCUGAACAGGAAACAGGCAGCAAAGCGGUGCCGCUCCUCCAUCAACAUGAAAAACUUCCGCAAGUUCAACGCCCGGAGGAAGUGGAAGCUCUCUUACAACAUGGUGUCUGCCUGCAACCGGCUGUGCCGCAUGCGGCUGCUUUGCAGCCCCAGGACGGAGGGCGAGGAGCUGCGCUGCUGUGAGAGCGACCAGGAGGAGGAAGGCAGCCGCCCCGUGACGUUGCUCCGUCGCCGUAGGAGCAGCUGCUCCUGAGCUCCCCCCCAGGGUGGGGACAGCAGAGUGGGGCCGUCCCACAAAAGGGACCUCUGGACCUCCCUUCACCCCUAGCAGAUGUGAGCACCUGGGUGCUGGAGCUGCUGCUCCCGGUGCUGCUGUGCUGAGGGCCACUGGGGCAGAACCAGGGGCACUGCUGUGCUCCCCAGGUACUCCCUCACCUGAGGGCUCUGCCCUUCCCUUGGCUCUAAUUCGAGAAAUAAACGUGCCCCAAUCCUCA